UUGACGAAGUUGACAGUGUUUCGCUCUGCGGACAGGUGGCCAUCAUCCCGCAAAUUCCCGCCAGGGAUAAGUUUUAGAUGUUUCACAUAGAGAAACCAAACCCAAGCGCAACGGGAGGAGCGCAGAGCUGAAUCCAAAGUGACUUUUGAAAUGACAGUUGACCUAAACACGUGAAGACAGACGUCCUCUGUGCGCGCGUGCCUGCGUCUGCUCCAGCAUCCGAUAACAGAGAGGUGAGGGAGAGGGAAAGACAGAGCGAGGGAGAGCUGCACCAGCGGUCUGACAAAGCUGCUCUCCUUCCAAGUUUGACAUCUCCACCAGGCUUGAGGGGGGAGUUGUGCUCUGCCGCUGCCAUGGAGCAUCGGAUGCGCAUUGGAUCUGUAUUGAUUGAAGUUUACCUGUGGGCGACAUUCUGCUAUCAAGGAUGUCAUGGUGGUGUGUACCAGAGGAAGCUGUACCACGACCUGAUGGUAAACUACAGUAAACUUGAGAGACCAGUCCAAAACGACUCUGCACCCAUUGUGGUGGAACUUGGACUGACUCUGCUACAGAUAAUUGAUGUGGAUGAAAAAAACCAAGUGUUGAUCACAAAUGCCUGGCUGCAGCUGCAUUGGACAGAUGUUUACCUGUCAUGGAACCCAGAGAGCUACCCUGGUGUUCAGAACCUCCGCUUCCCCUCCAAUCUGGUUUGGGUCCCAGAUAUUCUCCUCUAUAACAGCGCUGACGAGAGGUUUGAUGCGACGUUUCAUACAAAUGUGUUGGUCAAUGCUUCAGGAGCCUGCCAGUACAUCCCACCAGGUAUCCUUAAGAGUACCUGCUACAUUGAUGUCCGGUGGUUCCCAUUCGAUGUGCAGAAGUGUGACCUUAAGUUUGGCUCCUGGACCCACAAUGGCUGGCUGCUGGACCUCCAGAUGAUGGACGUUGAUGUCUCUACUUACAUUCCCAACGGAGAGUGGGACCUCGUUGGUGUACCGGCAAAGCGUAAUGAGCUUUACUAUGAAUGCUGUAAGGAGCCUUACCCUGAUGUUACGUUCACAGUCACUAUGCGCCGCAGGACUUUGUAUUACGGCCUCAACCUGCUCAUCCCCUGUGUGCUCAUCUCUGGCUUGGCCUUGCUGGUCUUCCUGCUCCCUGCUGACUCUGGAGAAAAGAUCUCACUGGGCAUAACAGUGCUCCUGUCGCUAACAGUGUUCAUGCUGCUGGUGGCAGAGAUCAUGCCUGCUACUUCAGACUCUGUUCCUCUGAUUGCACAGUACUUUGCAAGCACCAUGAUGAUUGUGGGCCUGUCUGUGGUGGUAACGGUCCUCGUUCUUCAGUUCCACCAUCACGAUCCCCGCGGAGGCAAGAUGCCUAGAUGGGUCCGAGUCAUUCUCCUUAACUGGUGCGCUUGGUUCCUCCGCAUGAAGAAGCCUGGAGAGGAAAGCAAAUCACCUGUUACCUCCAGCAGCCCUCUGACUUACAAAUACUCUCACUCUCCUCCCCACCACACCAGCACCAGUAGCAUUCAAAUGAACACCAUACCAGGGCAGGCCUCCACACAGUCGACCACCACUAAUGGCAACAUGAACCUGUACUUUGGUUACCACUCGAUGGGCACAGACAACCCAGCUUUUCCACCCAGCACUGAUUCAGGUUUGGUUUGUGGUGGUGGCAGUGGAGGAGGAAACCACCACAAUGACACCUCCCAGCACAAUAUCCACUCUGACCAGACCCGGACUUUGCUGUUGGAGCAGGUUCCAGUGAUCUCGCAGAUCCUGGAGGAAGUGCAGUACAUUGCAAGGCGCUUCCGGGAGCAGGACGUGGGGGAGGAAAUUUGCAGUGAGUGGAAAUUUGCAGCAGCAGUUGUGGAUCGGUUAUGCCUGGUGGCCUUCUCCCUAUUCUCCAUCAUCUGCACCUUUGCUAUACUCAUGUCAGCUCCUAAUUUCAUUGAGGCGGUGUCCAAAGACUUCACAUAAGGCUGAUCUUCAUCCUUGGAGGCAAAAGAGAAGAAAAGUUGCUGCAACAGUAAAGAAUCCUAACAUAAUUACAUCUGUUCCUUACAAAGAUACUCCUUACUACAAGGUGAAGCCUCAGUUGCUCAGUGUUUUCUUAAAUCUUUGUAUAUCUGACCUCUCCCUCUAUCUUCACAUAUUUGUCAGCUUAUGAUUGGGGUGAUGUGGUUUUUCCACUGCAAGGUGACUCUCUUGGCUAACGCCACACAAACAGUGCACCACAUUAACGAUUGAGGCUAAAUGCUGAAGUUAAUGAUGUAGAAACUCACUCAAAUGCACUUUUUAUUUCCAUACCUGAUGCACCUUGUCAUUUAUCACCGGUCUAGCUUCAUAUCUCAUCAGAAUAUUCUCUUCUCCUCCUGUUUGCUUUCCUGUUUUUCUUGCUAAAGUUUCUGCUAUACUUUUUUCUUGAAUAAAUGUUUUUCAUUU